CUUGAUUGCGGGUUUUAAAACGGGUAUUCGGGUCAAGAAGAACCCUAAUUUCGUCUUUUGAAAGCGGAGAGGGGGGAAAAAAAAAAGAGGGAACAAAGAGAAUGAUGCUAUUGUUGCGGCGAUUCAAUCGAGUUCGGAUUGCUUCCCCUUGCUCCGUUCGGCUUCUAUCUGGAAUCCCCAUUUCAGGAGAGAAGCUUCGAUGUCAGGAAGAGGACCAGUCCAGUUACGAUCAGAAAACAGUAUGCGACGCGCUCACAUGUUACAGCAACGAUUGGCAAAAAGCGUUGGAGUUUUUCAAUUGGGUCGAGAAAGAAUCCGGAUUUAGACACACCACCGAGACGUUCAAUCGGAUGAUUGACAUUUUGGGUAAGUAUUUCGAGUUCGAAACUUCGUGGGGAUUGAUCAACCGGAUGGUCUUAAACCCUGAAUCUGUGCCGAAUCAUGUUACGUUUCGUAUAGUCUUUAAGCGUUAUGUGACGGCUCAUCUUGUUCAGGAGGCUAUUGAUGCGUAUGAUAAGUUGGAUGGUUUUAAUCUGAGAGACGAAACAUCUUUUUAUAAUCUGGUUGAUGCGCUUUGUGAGCAUAAACAUGUGGUUGAAGCUGAGGAGCUUUGUUUCGGGAAGAAUGUGAUGAUGAUUGGUAAUGGUUUUAGUGUUAGUAAUAAUACAAAGAUUCAUAAUUUGAUUCUUCGUGGCUGGUCUAAAUUGGGAUGGUGGGGUAAAUGCAAGGAGUAUUGGGAGAAGAUGGACUCUGAAGGUGUUGCUAAGGAUUUGUUUUCGUAUUCUAUUUACAUGGAUAUUAUGUGCAAGAGUGGUAAACCUUGGAAAGCUGUGAAAUUGUUUAAGGAGAUGAAGAGUAGAAGGAUAAAGCUCGAUGUGGUUGCGUAUAACACUGUGAUCCGCGCCAUUGGUGUCUCCCAGGGUGUUGAGUUUGGUAUCAGGGUGUUUCGAGAGAUGAGGGAAAGAGGCUGCGUGCCUAACGUUGCGACGCAUAACACGAUCAUUAAACUUUUGUGUGAAGAUGGGAGGCUGAGGGAUGCGUAUCGGAUGCUUGAUGAGAUGUCUAAGAAAGGAGGAUGUCAACCUGAUUCGAUUACUUAUAUGUGCCUCUUUGCCCGUCUGGAGAAACCGAGUGAGAUCCUUAGCCUGUUUGGGAGGAUGAUAAGGAGUGGAGUGAGGCCAAAGAUGGAUACUUAUGUGAUGCUGAUGAGGAAGUUUGAGAGAUGGGGAUUUCUUCAGCCGGUUUUACAUGUGUGGAAGACGAUGAAAGAGUCUGGGGAUACUCCUGAUUCAGCUGCUUAUAACGCUGUGAUUGAUGCUUUGAUUCAGAAAGGAAUGUUGGAUAUGGCUAGGGAAUAUGAGGAGGAAAUGAUUGAAAGAGGGCUAUCUCCAAGGAGAAGGCCUGAGUUGGUAGAAAAGUCCUUGGACGAAACGCUGGUUGUAGAUAAUAGUUAACUCUAUUGAAGAAACAGAAGGUCUUUGGCUAUGUGUUAUAAAAACAGACAUGAAGCGAUAGAGGUAGCUUCUGGUGAUAUGCGUCCUGUAUUGAAGAAAUCUCCCCAGAGGCAUAUCAUCUUUGCCAUAAAUUGCACACGUCUCUCCUCACAACUGAGGAGGAAACACUGAGGUUCAUUGAGAGGAUUUUUAAGGAAUCUGGUGGUGGUGUGUGUGUGUCGGAAGCCAUAAUCUGAUGAAUGGAUUUUGGAAGAGGUGAUGGCUACAUAUAAGUUGAAGAGAGAUCUAGUGACUUCUCAAGAGUCAAGACUCUUUCCACGGUGAAUUUUCUAGUUUGCACUUGUUUUGAUCAUCUAUUCAUUCUCUUGGAAGUUGGAAAUGCAGGAUGGAGCAAGCGGAUAAGUGAAAAAACCAUCAGACCUGAGCGAAACAGUUUUAUUGUAUUUGAAAUUUUUUGAACUAAAGAAUAGGACAGGACACAUGAACUGUAAUUGUUUUCUAUCACCCAAUAAUUUAUUCCCUUAAUUACAAUUUUAAGAAGGAAAAAUGCCACGGCAAAAGCAAGGCAGAAAAA